AUGAUGGGCAUUGCGAACAUGCAGCCACGGCAGCUGGCCACACAGCUCCUCAAUUUCGCGCUCGUUCUCUCUACCGCUUUCAUGCUGUGGAAAGGAAUCUCCGUUGUCUCAGACUCGCCGUCACCCAUUGUCGUUGUGCUGUCAGGAUCCAUGGAGCCCGCCUUCCAAAGAGGAGAUUUGUUGUUUUUGUGGAAUCGAGGGAUGGACACACAAUUGGGAGAGGUUGUCGUGUAUAACGUGAAGGGGAAGGACAUUCCGAUUGUGCAUCGUGUGGUGCGGAGAUUUGGUGGAGGGAAAUCGCCGCUCCGGCUCCUCACAAAAGGCGACAACAACCUCGCGGACGACACCGAGCUCUAUGCUGCGGGCCAAACCCAUCUAAACCGCAAGGAGGACGUCAUCGGUAGUGUCGUUGGGUUUAUUCCCUUUGUCGGCUACGUCACGAUUCUGCUGAGUGAAUACCCGUGGCUAAAACAAGCCAUGUUGGGCAUAAUGGGGUUGAUGGUGGUAUUGCAGCGCGAGUAG